AGAAAACACAGUGUAGUUGGAAGACAUGCAGCUCUGGUUGUGUUGUGCCCUGUUGGUGUUUGUGGCCGGAGGCUGCUUGGCUCAGAAACCUCGUCCAUGCAGAUCUCCUCCUCUCCUUGAGGGACGCUUUAGUGUGGUACUUUCAGAUGAAGAUUUCGAGGUACAUGGGAAGUAUUCCUAUGACGCUAUAUUACAGCGCAUCCGCUUAGGAGAGUUUGCAAGGUCUAUGAAUUCUUCGACAGUUUUAGAUGUUCUGCAACUCUUUCGAGAGCAAGUGAUGUACGAGAUCGACUAUGAACACAAAACAUGCAACAAACGGGCAUUGAUAGUCAAGUUCCACCCGAUGAAGAUCCCACAAAACUUUACCUUUCUUGCUCAGAUGGUGUUAGGGAGUCUCUCUGCACCUGGAGAAGGUUUACUCGUCAACUCAUGGGCUGGAAAGAUACCCCAGGUCCAAGGCCAGUUUGUCAUGAGUUUCACAGAGUUUGGCUGCCUUCCAGUAACUGUCUUUAACAGUGUGGGAAAAUUUUUGGCUGUUAUCAGCUUCUUUAACAUUGUUCAUGGGAUUGAGGAUCCGUCCGUGUUCAUUCCUCCGCCGUUUUGCGAUAAUGCUACUCUGAAAGCAGGGGAGGGUGAUUUCUUCAGUGCUUUCUUCUGAGUCAAUACCAGAGCUCUUCAUAUGACCCACAUGUAACAUCCCUUAACACCGAUCCAGAAACCAAAUGACAACUAUAACUAAACAAACUAAAACAGACAAAACCAGAGAAAACAAAUACCCACUUAACAGAACUGAAAUUAAACAAUGCUCGACCCAGUUUCCAAGAACAAACAGUCAUUUAUAACGUAACUAAUGAGCUACCUCGUUCAGGUGAGCACCCGCAUCACCUGACCGAGGUGCCUUCUGGGAAACUGAGUCUACUAACAAAAACAGUGCCCUCUAGUGGUGAACCCUCACAGGAUUGUUUUGAUUUUAUUAACAAUUUAAUUUGUUCAGAGCACAGAGUUCCACUUUUUUUACUGUUGGCCUAUGUGAUUUUUCUCAUAAACAGUACACUAGGUUUUAAUUCCUGUUUUGGUUCAUGACUUAACCACAAUCUCAAUGUCUUUUGAUUUUUAAGAGAUUUAAAUAAAAGACUCAUAGACCCAAAU